CUUUUGAAAAAAUCUGGGCAUUUGAACAAGAGAAUCGAUUCGCUUCCCCCGAGUUUCUGACUUCUCAGUUCGUGGAGAAAUUUUGUUCCCGUUUUUUAUUCAUCAAAUUGAAAUAAAAAUGGAAGACAUUGAAGAUUUACUAGUUGGAAAUGGUGGUGCCGGAGGUGAAGUUGCUCCUGGGUUCCGGCUGCCGGUGGCGGCGGCCGUCGGGAUCAAUCCCAAGCAGACUAAGAAGAAGAAGAGUAAUCAAGACAGUGUUCCCAAACCUUCCCUCAGUAUCCCGGGCACCCAGACUAUUUAUAUCAAGACUUUUGGGUGCUCUCAUAAUCAGAGUGACAGCGAAUACAUGGCAGGUCAACUUUCAGCCUUUGGUUAUGUUUUGUCCGACAAUCCAGAUGAUGCUGACUUGUGGCUUAUUAACACUUGUACAGUCAAGUCCCCAAGCCAGUCUGCAAUGGAAACCUUGAUUACAAGAUGUAAAAAUGCUAAGAAGCCUCUGGUGGUGGCAGGAUGUGUGCCUCAAGGAAGCCGUGAUCUAAAAGAUCUGGAAGGUGUUAGCAUAGUUGGAGUUCAGCAAAUUGACCGGGUGGUGGAAGUUGUGGAAGAGACACUUAAAGGUCACGAGGUUCGACUUUUGACCCGUAGGACAUUACCCGCACUUGACCUUCCAAAGGUUAGGAGAAACAAGUUUGUGGAAAUUCUGCCCAUUAAUGUUGGCUGUUUGGGUGCUUGUACCUAUUGCAAGACAAAGCAUGCUCGUGGACAUUUAGGAAGCUAUACUGUUGAAAGCCUUGUAGAUCGUGUGAAAGGUGUAAUGGCUGAUGGAGUAAAGGAGAUUUGGUUGAGUAGCGAGGACACUGGAGCAUAUGGUCGUGAUAUUGGAGUUAAUCUUCCAAUCCUCCUAGAUGCUAUCGUUGCAGUUCUUCCUCCACAUGGAAGCACAAUGCUUCGAAUUGGGAUGACAAAUCCUCCAUACAUUCUUGAGCACUUGAAGGAAAUAGCUAAUGUUUUGCGGCAUCCGUCUGUGUAUUCCUUUCUACAUGUUCCUGUCCAAUCUGGAAGUGAUUCUGUGUUGAAAGCAAUGAACCGUGAAUACACUGUGAGUGAGUUCAGGAAAGUGGCAGACACAUUGAUUGCAUUGGUCCCUGGAAUGCAGAUUGCCACAGAUAUAAUUUGCGGAUUUCCUGGUGAAACUGAUGAAGAUUUUGCUGAAACUGUGAAUCUCAUCAAAGAAUACAAACUUGCUCAAGUUCAUAUAUCACAAUUUUAUCCUCGCCCUGGUACACCGGCUGCUAGAAUGAAAAAAGUUCCAAGUAAUGUGGUGAAGAAACGAAGUCGGGAACUGACUGCUGUAUUUGAGUCUUUCACUCCAUAUACUGGAAUGGAGGGCAAAGUGGAGAGGAUAUGGAUAACUGAAUUUGCUACUGAUGGAAUUCACUUGGUGGGACACACAAAGGGAUACAUUCAAGUGCUUGUGACUGGUCCAGAAACUAUGUUGGGAACAUCGGCCAUGGUGAAGAUAACAUCUGUUGGUAGGUGGUCAGUUUUUGGAGAAGUGAUCGAGAUUCUCAGUCAAGCGAAUAAUGUAGUUACAGAUGUGGGACGUGCUGUUGAAAACUCAUCUUGCUCAAAUCCAGAUUCCUGUGCUUGCACAAAAGAACCUGAACCAUGUGGGUGUGAAACAUCUAGUUGUUGUGGACAAGUGCAAGAAGUUGAAAACCCAGUUUCCGCUUCAGCAAAGUCAUCGACCCAAAGUAGCCAAAACCUCAUUGGUUGGAUACUCAGGAAGCGGAAAAACCUUCACGAGGCUGAUACUGCGGGCGUGCUUGAGUUUAAAGAACAGCAAAAAGGGGCUCUGGCAAGGAAGCCUGAUUGGAAUCCUGUUGACAAAAUUCUUUUAGGGGGUGUUUUUGUGAGUUUGAUGACAAUCUUAGGAUUAUUUUUGUACUUGGGUCUAUAGGCUCUUAAUUUUUUUAUGUCAAGAAUCUUAUUUAGAAGCAAGGUAUGAGGGAUGCCAAAAAGGACUAGUUCCAGAUUUUUUGUGAUUCCACAGGGAGAGAACAUUCAUAUUGACGAAUUCUCUGAUUUUGAUAGCUGUAUGUAACAUAUCCCAUGUAAGAUGGUUCUUGUUGAUUUAGUUCAAUUGAAGCCUAGUGAGUUGAUUCUAAAAUACCAGGAAAAAUCAAAAUUCUCAUUUACAUCGUUAUGAUUGAAGAUACCUACAAUUCGUGUGAAAGCACAUAUAUCUGCAGUACAUCUGGAAGUUUUGCCAAUAGGCAAAAAGAUUCAAAGAAAUAAUACAAUUGUUAAUCAAGUACAGUGAUUCAAAAUUCAGGGGGCUGAUUAACCUCUGCAGAUGGAAGCAGCUAAAAAGAGAUUAUGCUGCAUCCUCGUGUGUACUUCUGCUGUCUUUUAUUGGGGGAUUAUUCAGCAAAGGGAAACUAUCUGCUUUACAAUUAAAAUGGUAUUAACUUCUCAAAGCAGCAUAUCUGAUUUUGCAGGUAGUCUCUUGAAGAAAUUGACAGGAACUGAUGGUAAUUUACUCCUGAACCGCGGAUGGCGAAGCCAGUACAGCCCAAACAGCACUGCCACCACCUGGAAUGGAGUAACAUACAGGAACACAGCGCAGAACAAGGCAAGUAUGAUGACUAUAGCAGUAGCCCUCGGGUCCCUCCAACUUAAUAUGGAAAGCGCCCUUUCACCUUGUGUUGCCAAAUCUCCAAUCACACUUUGCACCCUGCCUGCCACACUUCGCAGCCGAUCAUACCUCAUCCUCACAAGAUCUGUUGGGCGCGAAGUUGGGAAUGUAUCAAACUCCUCAUCAAGUUCAUCUGGAUGAGCAUUUUCAGCCUGAGAUAACCGAGCAUCCAUGUGGGGUGGAUUCCUAGGCCGAAACCGAUAGUUCCAUAAGCCAAUGACAAACAGGUAGAGGAAAAUUGUGGGCAAGAUCAAUUCGGGAUAGCACACCAGUAUCAAGAACAGCACAUGAACAAGGAUAGUUGUCAAAGGAUUUUUCCAAUAACAGAUACUAUCCAACCAUCGACAGACUGCUGUAAUCCCUGACAGGAGUGACAUUAUUCGGUGGAAGUUAGCUUUGCUCCUCCUCAAGCUAAACAUAUGAUAAUCCACAUCCAACAUAUAUUCCACAGUUUCCCUCCUGAGGGGUGGCUCUGCUCUGGAUAGCCUUGCAGCCACAAUCUGCAUUGCCUGAUGGCGCAACCAAUCAAUGUGCCUAACCGAUAUAGGCUGAACAUAGUGCAUCUUGGGAAGUAAGGGCCUCCCGUAUUGGGCAACCAUAUUAACCCAAGCUGUACAAGUGAACCUCAAUGCCAAGUGAAGCUCCCCAUGCUUCUUUAAGCCGGAUGGCUGAAGAACCAGCAAGGGGUAAUAAUGUGUAUAAAUCCGAUCAGUUUCUAAGGUUGAAAGCCGAAUUCUAACCUUACCUAUCCUCUGAUCCCUUGCAUCAUCUUUGCUUCCAUUGACAUGGCUAUUAUCAAAAACCCCUAUGGUAAUCACAGUACAUGGAUCAUAAACUUCCCAAGUAUACUGCUCAUUCCAUUUAGGGGUCAGAGUAUCAAGAAGUGUUCGAGUUCGAACCCACUUGUUCCCAUACUUAGCUACACAAUAUGCAUCCGUGGUUCUACCAUCCUUGCUCUUCAUUGGCAGCAAAUUUUUUGCACUCAAAAUACCCAAUUCGAGAAUCCCAAUACUAGGCUUUCUCAGAUGUUUGGAAGAUGGCUGCAAAUCACUGCUAAAAUGGGUGGACUCAUCCAAGACAUGGUAUCCAGCAUCUAUACACAUCCGAAGAUAAAUUUUGCUGGAAAACUUUAUUUCCUUCUUCUUCUCAAGUUCUUCUUCCGCCGAUGAAGGCUUGAGGAGAUUACACCAGCGAGCCUCAGGAAGCUUAGGAAGCUCCCCUCUCUGUGCAACUUCUCUGACUGGUAUAAACAGCCUACCAAUGAUCUCAUCUUUGCCUGGUCCAACCUUAUCAUCAACAGUGAUAACAAUACACUCAUCAAAAGGCUCACCCACAACAAACAUCAAUUCUUCAUUCCAAACUGGAUUAUAAGUCCCCAUUUGUGAAGGCCUGGUAGCUCUGCCUUGAUGUCCAACCUGAAUCUUCACUGUUGCAACUGGUGGCCUGCCCUUCUCAGAUGGCAGAAGAUCCUGAGCUUCAAUAACAUGAAUACGGAGAUAAUACAAUUUAGGAGAAAAGUACACUUUUGAUCUCGUGUUAGCAAGAAUCUGCUGACUAACACUGUGAGCAUCAGAAUGCCAAGCCUCGGGAAAUGCUUCAUCAGCUUGAGUCCCCAUCCAAACUGCAAGCAUAAGCUCCCCUAAAUUAUGAACCUUUUGCCCCUUCUUGUCCUCCAAUCUAUACCAUUGAGGAGCCAGAGGACUAUCAGGUGGAACCCUAGUAGGAACAUCCACAAUAUCAAACACAACUCUACCCACAAAAUCAUCUUUUCCAAUAUCCUUAUCCUUCACAGUGAUCUCAAUCAAAUUGGACUGCAACCUUUCCCUAGAGAAAGCAAAAACUCUGUUCCAAACUGGAUACUGAUUCUUCUCCAAAUGAUUGGUAACCCCUUUGUAAUUCCCAACUUUCACUUCAACAUAUGGAUCAAGACUCCCGGAUAUAUCCAUAACUGGAAGAUCCCUAGCCUUCACAACUUGAACAUACAGAAAUUGCAUCUGUUCCACCAUGUCAUAAGUACUUGCAGUCUUGUCUCUGCCCCAGUAUCCCAUCCUAGCUGCCACCGGCGGCUUAGUCUCCACCAACCCGAAUUCGGGUUUUUGGCCCGGAACCUGCAUAUGCAUUACAGUGGUAGGUCCGGCUUUAGCAAAAUCACUUCUUGUUUCCACAAUGACUGGCUUUUCCGCCGGAGGUGGAGGAGGACCGCCACCAGAACCAAGAGAGUAAAAUGUCCUCACUUCUUUCUCCUUCUUUUUCUUCUUCUUACUAUCGGUGUAACCCUUGAAUUCACCACCCAGCUUAUUAGGAUUGAUUUCUUGAAGUGGGGUUUCUAUAUUUUCCCCAAAAUUCACAUUCACCGGAGGAGGCGCCGGCGGUGACUGAAACUGCUGCUGCGGUUGCUGUGCCUGUUGUACCGGCGGCGAUUGGAAUAGUUCUUCAGGUUCAAAUACUGGACCUCCACCACCACCGCCACCACCACCACCGCCGCCGGGGACGGCGUAGAUUUUCAAUGCAAUAUCACCCUUUAUAUGAGAAAAGAUCCCCCUUUUAUCAAGAGGGUACCUCUGAACCGAAGCCUCAGACUCGGAAAAAGGGACGAACACGCCGGAAACCUUAACCCUUCCGAGGAAAUUCCGGUGGUGGCCGUGUUGACGAUCAUUGUACACGUAGACUUCAAUGGUUUUGUCAGCGAGAUUGGAGGGAUUCUGAACGUUAAAAACCAAGGUCUCGUUCCAAACAGGGUUGAGAUCUCUAGGCUUGAUUUGGGUCCUCUGUUUCUGACCAUCAAACUCUACUUCCACAAAUGGGCUUGCUGAACCUUGCCCAUCUUUAGGCAUAAGAUCACUGGCAUCAAGAACUUCAACUACAAGUUGAGCCAUUUCAAAAAAAUCAAAUCACAAAAAAAAGAUUAAAAAUAGUAAAAAAAUGUACAGUCUUUGGCUCCGGGAAAAAGGGGUUAAAGUCCUCAAGAUGGAAUUUUUUUAGGUGGGAAAAGGAAGAAAGAGAAAAAAAGAGUGAAAUUAAAGGAGAAGACAGGAAAGGAAAGAAUGGAAUAAUUUAGUCCGGCAAGGAGGAGGAGGAAAAUGUGGCGGAGGAAAGUGGUGCACGGUGGUGGAAAAGGGGGGGGUUGGGUUGGUGGGAGGAGGGGGGGGUGGGCUGCUAUGAGUUUUUGGAAUUUAAGAAAGAAAGAAACAGAAAAACAGUGAAUCAGAAGAGAUAUAGAUGUGUGAUUAAUAAUUAAUGUUUUGGAAGUGAAAAAUCUAUUUGUCUACCAUCUGGAACCGAGAGUAAUGUGUGUCUCUGACAGACAGCAACUAAU